AACAAGAGAGUCAAACAUGGCGGACGGCACUGCGACAGAAGUAGCUCCUCAAGAACAAGUUCCGUUGGUUCUUCCAGAAGAGAACAAUCACGGACAACCUGAGGUUCCCCAGGAAACUUCUCCCCAUGCUGAAAUUGGUCUUACAGAAAAUGUUCAGAAAAUGGUGGAGAAAGAGAAGGAGGCUGCUGAAAAACCAACAAAACCAAAAGUAGAGCUACAGUCAUUACCAACCAGAGCCUACUUAGACCAGACAGUUGUGCCUAUCCUUCUUCAAGGUCUCUCUACCCUGUCCAAGGAAAGGCCACCCAAUCCUAUUGAAUACCUGGCUACAUACUUGCUGAAAAACAAAGAUCAGUACGAAGAAAGCUAGUGACCAUCCCUUAUAUUCAUACCAUUCUAAAUUUAUCACCUCAUAGGCAGUAAGUCACCACUGAAUGCCAUUAUUAACCUAACCCUGUAGAUGUGUUUGUAGAUAAAGUGAGAAAAGACAGGAUAGAUAAAGGAAGAGAAGGGGAUUUUUACAGUCAUAUGCGAUUGUGGAAGAAGAUGCAUUUGGCAGGUUUUUACUUGAAACAAUGCUAUUUUUUUCAUUUUGUUUAUCAUUUAUAUCACAUCAUAAUAUAUUUAUCUGACUAGUUCUGAGAGAGUGAACUGUGUGAUGACAUUAGCCCCUUCUCAAUGUUUGACUAUACUUAGUGUUUCAACCAUUUGACUUUGUGAUGCACCUCAUGUUUGUAUCAUACCUUUGAUGCUAAAAUGAAAAGAACAUUGUAAAGUGGUUGUUGUUGUUAUUUUUGGGAUGGGAGGGUAAGGAUUUGUAAGCCUACACAGCCGCAGUCUCACUGCACAAUAUGACCACACACAUUGUCUUGUGGCUAAUCCUUCUGUGACAUUCUGUAGAAUGACUGUUGAGGAGACUUAUGCAGCUGUUGGGUGGGUGAAGGGAAGUUAGUGGCUGUAAGCUAGGACUGGAGAACAAGGAAUAAAGCUUAUUUGCUUUUUCCUA